AUGGGAGGGGACGGGGGAGAGUCAGGAGCAGCAACCGCAGCAGCAGUAACCGCAGCAGCAACAACCGCAGCAGCACCAGCAACGGCAACCGCACCAGCGACAACUUGCUGUCUGUGCCUACCUUGCAGCAAAAGUGCACGGAAACCGAAGGGAGGGUGGCAUGCCCCUGAUUGCGCUGCUACCACAUAUGAGAUCCGCAGCAGCCACUGUAGGCGCUUCCUCAGCUGCCGCAGCAGCAGUAGCAACAAGGGUUUAAGCAGCAGCAACUCCAGCAGCACCCCACGGCCUCCCAAACUGGGCAGCACCGAGCCGCAGCUGAGCUGCUUCCUGCUGCUGCCCCAGCAGGAGCUCCCAGCACAGCUGCCAACUGUCUUGUGUUCUUCUUGUGCUGCUGCUGCUUCCUGGAGCAGAUGCUUCGCAUGCAACACCAAUGAUGCUGCAGCAGCAGGCUUUGGUCUAACAGGCCCCCCUAGCAGCAACGUACUACAUCAUUCCUGUUCGUCUCAAGGCAGCAACAGCGUUCACGAUGGAGACAGUGACGUAGCAGCCUGUGCUGCUGAUGGCGCCGCAGCUCCUCCCGCAGCAGCACCAUCUGCUGCAGAAGAAGAUUCAGAAGCAGCAGGAGAUGCAAGGGAAAGCGCAGCUGCUGCCGACACAAGGGCGACGCAGCAGUGCUGCAGCAACAGCAACAGCAGCAGCAGUAAGCAGUGGCAGCUGUACAUGAACCUCAGCAGCAGUUUCAAAAGCCGCUUCCCCUGCGUUGCAUGCUGGCGCUGCAGUAACUGCAGCAGCAUCAGCCUGAAGGCACUGCAGCUUCAAACAGCCAGCGGCAGCACUGUCCCUGCCCUCUUCUUGCGGCAUCCAGCAGCAACUCAAACUUUGUUAGUCUCUCAUCGCAGCAACAGCGAUUUAGGCUUCACUUAUCCUCUUCUUCUUUAUCUUUGUCGUUCUCUGAACAUCAACGUCCUGGGUUAUGAGUACACCGGUUACGGAUUCUGCUGCUGCCCUAGCAGGAGAAGCCUGGCAGUUCAACAGCAGCAGCAGCAUCAGCAGCAGCAACAGCGGAGGCUCUGCACUCCUUCCGCUGCCGCAGUGCGUAUGGAUAUCCGUGCUGCUUUCUUGUGGCUGCAGCAGCAGCAGCAGCAAACACCCCACAGUGUCAUCCUAUACAGCGAAGGCAGGGGUCUCCUCCCUGCUUUGCAGCUGCGUUCUGAACUUGCUGCCGAGGGGUUGCAGCUAGGGGGCCUGGUCUUUGUAGCUCCAGCGGCAACCGCCGCAGCAGCAGCAACGACAGCAGCAGCAGCAGCAACACAGAUAAGCGGAAGACAAAGAGGACAUGAAAGAGGGAUACGCAGGCUUGUGCCUCCCUGUCUCCGCAGAAGACGCAGCGAAACGCACGAAGUGUACAUGCAGCUGUUGCAGCUUCACAUGGAUGAGCUUCUGGUGCUUGAAGGAGCCUCCGAGUUGGAGCUGCAGCAGGCUACUGAGGGCAAGACACCUCAACUGCUGCUGCGCCAGCGGGCAGCAGCAGCAGCAACCGUUGCGGAGACAGGAGAGCCCGGCUGCUGUUGCUGCGACUUUCCAAAAGGAGACAAUCUACGCCGCCUGAAGGCAUUCAUUCAACAUGCAAAAGAGCAGCAGCAGCGGCCCUACGACCUCGCGCUGCAGCGGCAGCUCCGCAUGCAGCAGCAGCAGCUGCAAAGGCAGCAACAGCAACACCAAGUCGCAUGGAGCAGUAUGACGCAAAGCGGGCAACAUGCCAGGCCGGGCCAGAAGCAGCAAGGGAGCGAAAUGCAGCAGCAACGCCAACAGCAGCGAAAGCAGCAGCAACAAGAGCAGCAACAGCAGCAGCAAGUUGCUGGGAACCUCUGCAACGACUGCCCAACUCCUAUACACUCCACGGUGUCUCCGCGUCAUUCGGCAGCCGUUAAAUACACUCCAAAAAAACAGCUGGAGCAGCAGCAGUAG